AUGCUGGGAUUUUUUGGUCCCUUCUAUGAGCAACUUGUCGGAAUGCUGCGGAAGCAGCAAGGGCAGCUCGCCUUCGACACAAUCGACCGAGUCAACGCCUGGUUUACUCCAUUUGUUUUGAUCGCCAUGACAUUGGCCAUCUCCUGCAAGCAGUACUUCGGACAGCCUAUCAAAUGUUGGACACCUCGAGAGUUUUCCGGCAGUUGGGAUGGCUACGUGCAUGAUUUCUGCUUCAUUGAGAACACCUACUUUGUGCCAAAUGGAACUGAAGUCACGGAUCAAGCUCGAGGAGACCGUCACAUCAACUACUAUCGAUGGGUGCCACUCGUGCUUCUUCUCCAAGCCGCCAUGUUCGUUAUCCCAUACAACAUCUGGAAUAUGCUCCAUAAGAGAACUUCUAUCAACUUGAAGGGAUCGCUCAGAUUCUUCGAAGGAGCCAUGAAGAAAUCCGAGCCAGCGAAGGCAGUGGACGCAUUUGCCGGUGAAAUCUGGAACAAGAUAUGCGAAAUCCGCGAGUCCAGAAACAAGUUCCAAGGAUGCCAAGCUACUAUCAACUUCUUCCUGCUGAAGCUAGGAUUCGUCAUCAACUGCGUACUCCAAAUGGUUCUUCUGAAGCACUUCCUUGACGUCGACGACUACUUCUGGGGAUUCUUCCAUCUGUGGAAUGUUGAAUUCAAGGGAACCGCUGAGAAGGAAGAUAGCAUUUUCCCUCGGGUAGUGCUCUGUGACUUCAAAGUUCGUAAUCUUGGACAACAACACCAACACACAGUUUCCUGCAUCAUGAUUCUGAACAUGAUCAUCGAGAAACUCUACAUAUGCUUCUACUUCUGGCUCAUAUUCGUGUUCAUUCUCACCACCGCCGGAAUGCUCCAUUUUGCCUUCCAAAUGCUGUUCAGAAGACACAGUCUUGUUCCAACCAAUUUGAACAACAAGCCAGCUAUGAACCCAACUCGCUCUCAUCGCUUCAUCCGCAAGUACCUCAACUUUGAUGGGAUCCUCCUCCUCACUUAUGUCGAUGCUCAAUUCGGCGCUUUCCGCACAUCUCAAGUCAUUGAUGGACUCAUCGACCGUUUUGUUGCUGAGCAACAGCCGGAUUCAUCGACCGUCACAUCCCUUCACGAGGAGAACCCAGAGAGAUACGUCGCCUUCAACACUGACACUAUUCCAAUGGACCGAUUGAACCGCAAAGUUCACAGUCUCAUUGAGGAAGUUGAUGGUCCUUCGGCUCCACCUGCAUCCGAGGAGAAGAAGGAAAUGUAA